UCUGCGCCUGCGCGUUACAGCCCCGACAACACCGUCUGCUUUGUUGGGACCAUCGAUGCUACUGUGACUUGGCUCGACUACGUUUUGAUCCAAAAGAGAUUAGGGGUUGCAUUUAUCCUUAGUCACUCAUGUGAGAUUAUAAUUAGGUUUUGAGUUGACAGUCAGACCUUGUUUUGUCGUUUUGACGCUGGAGACGACAGAGGCGAGGAGCUCCUGUAUAUAAACAAAACGCAGCGCGAGCUGCUUUUAAGGUGGCACGUCAUUAGCGACAGCUGGAACAACAAGAGCCCCCUCCGAGGCCGCUUGGUCCACUCGGUGAAGAGGAGCUCGGUGUCCGGAAAAUGGAAGUCUUCGCUCGGCCUCGUCGGGAGUGAACCUCCGUAACUAGCGAACAUGAGAAAAGAGGGCCGCUUGUUGUCUGGACGGCAGCUCCUGGCAAGUGAAAGAGGGGGUGACCGUCCCUACUGCUGCCCCCGCUUGACGGAGGAGAAAGGCGAGCUUGCUAGCAAAAAGGGCGACCGAAGACGCCCUGGUUUUCUGCCCCGGUCCAAGUAGAGCUAAAGCGGACUGAGGCGCAUCAUGGAGACGGUGGGGAGAUUCGAGUUCAGUCGGAAGGACCUGAUAGGACAUGGCGCAUUUGCGGUCGUCUUUAAAGGAAGACACCGAGAGAAACAUGACUGGGAGGUGGCAGUGAAAUGCAUCAACAAGAAGAACCUAGCCAAAUCCCAGACACUGCUGGGGAAGGAGAUCAAAAUACUCAAGGAACUGAAGCAUGAAAACAUUGUAGCAUUACUGGACUUUCAGGAAACUGCCAGCUCAGUAUACCUUGUGAUGGAGUACUGUAACGGCGGUGACCUUGCCGACUACUUACAUUCAAAAGGCACGCUGAGCGAGGACACGAUUCGUGUUUUCCUGCAGCAGAUUGCGGGCGCCAUGAGGGUCCUGCAAGCGAAAGGCAUAAUCCACAGGGACCUCAAACCCCAGAACAUUCUGCUCUCCUACCAGCCAGGACGCAAAUCCCACUCAAACAACACCUGCAUCAAAAUUGCUGACUUUGGUUUUGCCAGGUACCUCCAGAACAACAUGAUGGCCGCCACACUCUGCGGGUCUCCUAUGUACAUGGCACCUGAGGUCAUUAUGUCUCAAAACUAUGACGCCAAGGCUGACUUGUGGAGCAUCGGGACGAUUGUGUUCCAGUGCCUGACUGGGAAGGCUCCCUUCCAGGCAAGCAGCCCACAGGAUCUUAGGAUGUUCUAUGAGAAAAACAAGAACCUCAGCCCCAACAUUCCCAGAGAGACUUCCAGCCAUUUGAGGCAUCUCUUACGGGGCCUGCUGCAGCGCAAUCACAAGGACCGCAUGGACUUUGAUGAGUUUUUUUCACACCCAUUCUUGGAGGCCGCCAGCUCAUCCAUCAAAAAGACAACUCCGACUGUGACCAUGACCUGCUUCCCAAGUUCUGCUUCAGCCAGCUCUUGCAGCAGCUCCUCCACCUCCCACCUGGCCUCUCCUCCGCAGUCCCUUGCUGAGGUUCAGCAUUUGCGUGCCAAAGCACUGGCCUCUCCCACGCAGGAGGCCACUGGGUUUCUUCUCAAGGAUUCUUCUGGGGGAGGCGGCAGCAGCAAGAACUCCUCCUCCUGUGACACGGAUGACUUUGUCAUAGUGCCUGCUCAUUUCAACCCGGCAGAGCUUACGAGUGAGAGCAAAGUGCUGCAGGACAGUCUAAUGAAUAGCGGCUCCCUGCUGACUUCUGCUGGUUUGUGUGUCCAAGCCAAAACACCACCACACUCACCUUCCUAUAGUGGCUCCCCAAGUCGUGUCAGGCCUGGCGAGUCUUCGGGGAGUAACUACGCUGGUCACAGCGGAAGCCACGGUCACUCCCUGCCGAUCCCAGUUCCCACUCAGGUCCACAACUACCAGCGAUUGGAACAGCAUCUUUAUACUACCAAACAAGAAGGCUCGCCAAGGCUAUCUACACCGGUGCAUCGCUGCAGCAGCGGAAGCCCGGUGGGCUUUGCCCGAACUGGGCCUUCUCCACCGUACGGAACAGUAACCACCACCCGAAGGCUUUCUUUGGGAGGGGCAAGACCGUUUCAGCUCUCCCCUCAAGCUGCUCAGCAUGCUGAAUCCAGGCCCGCUGCUCAAAAGCACCCCCAUGCCGCCACAGGCCUGGGCACACGGCUCCACAGCGCCCCCUGUCUCUUGGAGUGCACCACCGGUAGCGGGAGGCAAAAAAUCCGAAAGCAGCACUCAGACCCGGUGGUGGUCCCCACGGCAGGCCUGAUGACAGUUCGUCCCCUACACUCUUCCCCACGCCUCAGUGAGCUAAUGCAGCGAAGCCCCCUUCCCACUAUUCUGGGCUCACCCUCCAGGACCAUGCCUCCCUUUGAAUUCCCCAGACCCCCCAGCUCUCCAAACCUCGUCAACUUCCUGACACAGCAGUGUUUGGUCAUGGGUUCUCCCAGCAGCAGGACUGCACCAGUCGAGCCCAGAGACGCAGGACAGCCGGCACCCACGCAGGGCCUACAGCCUUCACACUGCGUCCACAGGAUGAAUGAUGAUACCAGGGGAUUUGGAAGAUCUCAAAGCGCUGGCCUGCUGUCCGACAUGCUGCUGAUGGCGGCCUUUGGGCCGGGUGGACCGGUGAGUGACCGAGGAAGCACGGAGAACCUAGCGUGUGAAAAGGCUAUCGACAUAGCAGGUGGUGGAGGAUGUCCUGGACCGAGCUCCUGCAGCCCAGCACAGGUGGUUUUCACCAUCGGCUCCCCUCCCAGUGGCAGCACCCCGCCUCAGGCAUCCAGACAGAGGAAAUACUCAGGCUCGUUUGCUUCAGUCAGCCCUGCAGGCUCCUUCACCAGCCGCUACCCGCAGACAGCCGCCUACGGGGACGGCUUUGACGCCUCUUCCAGCCCUCGUUACAAUUUUUUUGAUCCCAUCACGGCCAACAUGGGCGGUCGAGUUACCUUUGAGGCCCCGGAGCUGCCUGAGGAGACCCUGAUGGAGCAAGAGCACACCGACACCGUACAGAGCCUGCGCUUCACAUUGGAUUUCGCUUACUGUCUGAUGGAGGUGGCCGGGGCCCGCGGCAUCACGUUGAUGGGGGUGCCAGGUGACGCUUCUCACCCCGUCUUCCUGCAGCAGCAGAGCCUGGUGGCAGAUCAGAUUAGCUCAUUGAGCCGGGAGUGGAGUCAUGCGGAGCAGUUGGUUCUGUACCUUAAAACUGCAGAGCUGUUGUCCACUGCCAUCCACACAGCCAUGGAGAGAGUGAAACAGGGCAAACUUUAUCCCUCAGCCACAGUCAAACAAGUCGUGAGGAGGCUGAAUGACCUGUACAAGUCCAGCGUGGCAUCGUGCCGCUCUCUCAGCACACGUCUGGAGCGCUUUUUCUCCAGGAAGCAGCGUCUAAUGGACCAAAUCACCUCCAUCACAGCUGAGAGGCUGCUCUUCAGCCACACUGUGCAGAUGGUUCAGUCUGCUGCUCUGGAUGAGAUGUUCCACCAGGGGGAGGCAUCCAUCCAGCGCUACCACAAAGCCCUCCUGCUGAUGGAGGGACUGUCUCUGCUGCUCACUCAACAGGAAGACAUCCUCAGUGUUAGCAAAUGUAAAGAGUGUAUCGAGCGUCGCCUCACAGCCCUGCAGUCUGGGCUCUGUGUGUGAGAACUCUGCACACGAUGUCACCCGUCAGCACAUUAUUGACGAACGUCAACAUCUCAUCACGGCUUUCACAAAAGUGAGAUCCCGAGCUUCAGCCAUCCAUCAAAGCCCUAUGUGAGAGAUCAUGACCUUUGUAUCGACUGUUGAAGAUUCCUCCUCCCACUAUGAGGCACACACAAGAUGGACCGGGGUACAUGUACAAGUGGGCGACUUGAUGAGUCUUCACGAUUCAUCAGUAUGGAGGUAUCAUUCGCACAUGUACGUCUACAUGAUACCACUUCUUGUGUUUUAUGUCUUCAACUAGUUAGGACUUGCUUGCGACAGUGUACAUUGCUUCAACCGGAGGCGCAUACAAUCGCUUAUUAGACCAACUGCUGCCAAAACGACGAAAAAGCAAGUACUUUUUAUAAUACGUUUGAUUUUAGAUUUACACUUUACGGACUUUUGCUUUUAAUGAAUAGAGACUGGCGCAGGAGGAGGUGGGGAAAAAGUGGGUCCAAAAACACAGAGGCUGUUUUCUUGUGUCCAGUACUUAGUCACCCCCCCCCGCCACCUCCCGCCCUCCAAUUGUUCCAUGUCGUCAUUGCAUCAUUGUAUCUAUCAAUCAUGUCAGCAUAAAAGCACGUAUAAUCAAAAACGCGAAUGUAUAGGACAGGAGAUAAGCCGCGUCAACAUCAGUCUGAAUGUUCGCUUGCUAGGAUUUCGGCUGCUGUUCGGCGGCUCACGCCUGAAUGUUUUUGCACUGUUGAAGUACUGUACAGAGUGGAACAUGCUACACAUGUCAAGUAUUGUUUGCUUUGCUUUAUUGGAAUAUACUUUGACUGAUUUCUGUAUCUACUGCCAUACAUGGAGUGCAGUUGUAUCAUAGUUACUGUGUGUUAGGUGCGAGAGUGUCCAUUAACAAGAGGGAUGCUGUGAGCGUUUUCUUAAGAAAAUAUGGAGGAAAAAAAAGCUUUAUGGUGAGGAGGGUUAAAAAAAUAAUAAUAAGUGUGUGUUUUGCUGCAGAGUAGUCAGUAGGUGACGAUUCUGUCUAGAUUUUUUUUUUUUUUUUAAGUUUUGAUUUGGAGUGCUGAUGUUAAAUAUUUUAUCUGGAUUCUUUCUGUUGAAUCCCAAACAGAUUCCUAUAACUCUCCUCAGUUGUGGGCCGGUGGAAAUGGUCAAUGUUAACGUAAUGUUGCCUGCGUUCAAAAGUGUAUUGUGUGCAUGUGAGCAUGUGUGGGUGGGGGUGUUGGUUGAGAUUUUGACUGCUGGCCACAGUGCAACGAAUGUUGCUGCUGUGGAGAAAACAUACAUGAAUGAAUAUGACCUAAUUUUGACUCCAUGGGUAGGAUCAACACACAACACGAUGGCCAAAGUGGCCACUGAAAGCAAUUCUUCUGGUUACGAAGGAGUAGGAGGGCCACACUGGAGGAACAAACGAAAACGACAAUGACGAAAUUUAUUUAUACUCUGUAGACUUACAUUUUUUGUCGUAAUAUUACAAGAAUAAAGGUGCGCUAUUAUGUGGAAAGAAAAAUCAACCCGAUAUGGUGUAUAAUUAUUUACCGAUGGCUGCUGGUCUGAUUGCUGCGUUUGUGUGGAAUUUUUUUUAAUUUACUGGGUAAAAUUACCACUUUAUUCUCCUCUUAACAUGACGUUUUUCUCGUAAUAUCACUAAUUUAUUCUCUUAAUAUUACAACUUUUUGUCAGAAUAUUACAGCUUUUUUCUUGUAAUGCUAAGACUUACUUCUUGUAAUACUAUGACUUUUAUAACAUUACAAUUUUACACGUGCAGGGUUGACUUUUCUUGUAAUAUUACAACUUUAGUCUCGUAUUACAAGAAAAAGUUGUGCUCUUUUUGACAAUAAAAUGAUCGCAGGCAUUUUUAAAAUUUUUUUACGGGUGGCCUUUUUACAUUUUCUUUAUUCUCUUCUCUUCUAAUAUUAUGAAUUUAUUCUCGUAACAUCACAGCUUUUUCUCUUAUCGUAUGUCCUGAUUAUUGCUGCAAUAUUAUGGCGUUUUUCUCAUAUUCCGAGGAAAAAAAUUCUGCUAUUAAAAAUUAUCACAAGAAUUAUAUAUAUAUAU